AUCGUGGUGCAUUAUGGCUUGGACAAAGAGAGAAAAUGUAUUCACAUGUUGAGAGCAUAAUUUGACAUUUUACUUGUUAAAAAUAAAGAUUACGUGGAAUAGAAAGAAUUGAUAACGAUGUUUUAUAUUAAAGUAGUCACUUUGUUUCUAUUUGUUGUGAUAAUUAAUAACAGCAAUUGUGCAGAUAGUAAUGAGGAAGAUAAUUCGACAGACUUGUAUGUGAUUGAAGGCAAAGUCUUUCCGUGGGAAAAUGCUGGAGGUACUGAUUGGCAGCUUGCAACCUAUGUAAUGGCCAACGGGCCAGAGUUCGAACGUUAUGGAUUUUUACGAGAAGAUGGAACCUUCACAAUAUCAAAUAUACCGUCAGGAUCAUACGUAGUGGAAGUUGUAAACUCGAAUUAUGCUUAUGAACCAGUCAGAGUGGAAAUUAAUUCCAAAGGAAAAUUCAGAGCACGAAAAGUUAAUUUUAUUCAAACUUCGCAAGUAAUUCAAGUACCGUAUCCAUUAAAGUUGAGACCUUUGACGCCUUUCCGGUACUUCCAAAUCAGAGAGCAAUGGAGAGUUACAGAUUUCUUGUUCAAUCCUAUGAUUUUGAUGAUGGUUUUACCAUUGAUAUUAAUAAUGGCUCUACCAAAAAUAAUGAAUGAUCCAGAAACAAGGAAAGAAAUGGAGCAAUUCAACAGCCUAACGAAUUAUAAUAUGCCAGAAAUGUCAGAACUCAUCACGACUUACCUUUCUGGUGAAGAUAAGCAAAAAAGUAAAAUAGUCAAAGCUUCUAAAAAGAGACAAUGAUUGUGUUUAUAGUCAUCAAAUGAAACUUUUCUUGUUUAUCAUAUUUAAUAAGUAGGUGUACAAUUUGUUUAAUAUCUGAUAGAUGAAUUAUUAAAGUUGUUUUCAUUAUUUAACUUUGAAACCUAUCAUGGUUGAAUUCGUCACAUUUGUCACUUGUAAAUACAUGGAUACUUCAAUUCCAUCACUGAUGAAAAAUUCUAAUUAUGCUAUUUAAAUUACUUGUAAGCUAGCCUGUGAGGAAGAUAGUUUCAAUUAUUGAGCUUCAAAUAAAAAGUUUAUAUUAAAAAGA